AUGUAUAUUCAACGCAAAAUGCGCAACACCAGUUUAUUGCUCAUCUUCAGCGUGUGCUUUGGUCUGACCCUGGUCGCAGUUACAUUUCAGCAAACGGAGGCGCUGCGCCGCAUCAAGCGCGGCUCUAGCGUCUCCCAAAACAAAACCAAGCUCUCCAGUGACCUUCUGUCGGAUAUACACAACACUUCAACCGACGUGCAUUUUAGCGGACAUUCCACGACUACCCUAGACAAUCGAGAAGGCAUAAAAAGCCACAAUGAGCACACCUGGGCCAAGAAAGCUGUGGCCGCUGUUGAGCACGCCAUCGAUCAAGCCUUUGCUUCACUCAGCCACAAGUCCGACGCCGAAAAGACGAAGAGGACCGCUCACAAUACCAGCAAGCCCAAAGAUGGCAGCAUCGCCAGCCACGAUGUGCACAUGACUGCUCUAUCGCAUCUGCUAGCUAAACGAGGCAUCGGCUCACGCAUUUUCGAAGACAUGCAGCGCGAGGCUGAAUUCGCUUCCGGCGAAGGCCCCGCAGAAGUACUCAUCAUUGACAAUGGCUUCCAACCGAUAAUGGGCAUGCAGCACGGCAUCAACUCUUAUGCAUUGCAUCAACCAAACUUACGAAACGUCGGCAGUAACCUCAAGCACUUGGCCGAGAUUAGCAAGGAGUCCAAGUUAAACAAUCAGCAUGGUCCAAAACUAACUUCUUACACCUCCGACAUAGGUGCCGACGUUCUGGCUAUUAAGCACAGCAACAAUAACGGGAUUAGUGAGUUGAAUGGAAACAAAGGAGUUGAUGUGGCCAAGAACAAAAAGCGCAGUGAUAACAAUGAUAAUGACAGCAGAGGCGAGUACAAAACGGUCGACAACCACAGGCGGAACAAUGACCAUGUGACGCUCACAAUUGGGGAGCACAAUAGCAUUAACAACAACAACGACCAUAUUAAAAGUAACAAUGAUGAGCUUAUCGCCGGCAAAAGUCAUUCCACCAAUACUCUACAACAACACAGUCAACAAUUGCAGCCGCAAAAACUACAAGAACAACCGUUGGAAAACAGGAAUUCAUUUCCUUCGUUAUUGUCGCAUUCGCAGAAGUCGGUCGAAAGCAUAGGAGCGCCGAACAAAUUGCAGGAGGAAUCAGAGGGACUACAACAACGAAAGAAGCACGAAAACGACAAAUCAGUGGCGGUUGGAGACACACACAAUGUACAGCAAGCGACCGCAUUGGCAACACCACACCAACAGCAAGGGCAAUUCGAUAAACAUUCCAACGGGAAAAUGCUGCCGAUGGAAAGCUUUCUCAAGUUCGCAAAUAUGAUGCUUUAUAAAAUGGGAGUCGAUGGUAUUCCAAUGCAUGCGCAGGGUGCACAACUCGCUGUAAGCGGCAAUCCAACAACAUCUGUCAUAAGCAUUGGCCCAAUUGUGGAUGGUGCUGAAGAGGCAGGUGCUAUGGAUUACCUGUACAACCCAUUUGAACCCCAACUAAACCUUUUACGCAACCCAGGAUCGUUCAUCGCUCCAACUACCCUAAUGGGAGGCUCUACCAAUACGGCUUUAGUCUCGCGUCCCUACUUGCUGCCCCCAUACAGCUUAGCGAGUUCUAACCAACCUAUCAACUUUAUCGAGAAUGCUUUAGAUCUACUGUUAAAUGCCGAAGAGGAAGGAAAUGAUGAAAUGGAAUUAUUUUGCCCCAUACAUCACCCGAAAAAGAAGUCCAGCGAUGGCAAUGUAGAUGGAAAAGACAAGGAUGGCGUUAUCCAAGUAUGUUCGUGUCGCUUCUUCAAAAAGAACAAAAACUAACGCUGCUCACAUAAAUGCACUUCUGAUGUGAAUAUAUUUUAUAUGAGGCUUUCGUUCAGAUCCUCAACAUUCAAUUCGAUGCAAUAAAUACAUAUAUUUGUUCUUUAUAUUUAAAA